UUCCAGAACUGUUGAAGUCAAUAGUAUGAGUACAGGACCAAAUAACAGGGACCUUGAAGAGAACACUGACUGCACACGUGCGGCACAAGAAAGAUCUUCAAAACAUUUUACAUACUUUUAGGCCUUUGUUGUUAAAGUAAUUAUAAUUAAAUCAACAACAUAACAAAUAAAUAAAAUAUCGAUUAAUUGAUUGAUUAUUUGAUGCGGCGGUUUAACUGUAUUUUGAUGUCGUGUAAGAACUGUAAUUUUGCUUAGGCAUUGUUCUAGACAGAAGACGCAGGGGUCCUCACAGGAGCAGCGCAUGUGACGCACACUGCGCAGGAGCUGCUGUGGAGUACUCUGUAGGAGCGCAUUAUUGUGAGAAGCUGUCAGCUGGCUGUGUCUGCACUGAAGUUGUAACGCACUAUGGCGUUUAACUUCGGUCAGACGGGCACCGGAGGGUUCAGUUUUGGGGCCCCUCAGACUCCAGCUGCGGGCCCCACGGGCUUCAGUGCUCCUGCAGGAGGGGGCUUCUCUUUAGGGACCCAAGCCCAGACUCAGAGCUCAGGAAACCCCUCGUCUCAGACCGCAGGACUGACGCAGAGUAACGGGAGCACACAAGGAGGAUUGGGCUUCGGAGCCCAGAUGCAGAGCACCAGCUCAAGUGGAGGCUUCUCUUUUGGUGCCUCCCUUCCAAAACUCAGCACACCUGCAGCGUCUCAGCCUGCGAGCACAAGUGUGACUCUGGGGGCUUCGACUGCUGGGACGGGCUUCGGUUUCGGGGGUCUCACCACACACACUACUGCAGCCCAGCAGCCUUUGGGGGGAUUCGGCUUUGGGACGCCCAAAGUUCAAGCAUCUUCAGCGGCCCCAGCACAGCCCACCCCGGUGCUCUCGCUAGGGGCUCAGUCCACAGGUCUGAGUCUUGGAGCUUCGACUGCUGCCUCCACAGCCCCAGCAGCUGCAGUUAACUUUGGGAUUAAAACUUCAGCUCAGAGUCAGUCCCUGACGGCUCCAGUGUCCUCUCUGUUUGCUGCUCCUAUAGCCUCAACACCAGCCACAGGAUUCACAUUGGGCUCGUCGAUGGCCUCGGUGGCUCCUGUGAUGAGCUCAGCAUCCAGCGCUCACACAAGCCUGUCUCUGAAACCUCUAGGAGCCGCUCCUGCUAUGAGCACAGUUGCCUCUGCUAGCACUGGAGCUUCUACUGGCUUUUCUCUGGGACUGAAGACCGCAGCAUCUACUGCAUCAUCCACCAUCACAUCCACCUCCUCCACCAUCCUCACAACCAGCACUGCUCCAGUGAUGUCAUACGCUCAGCUGGAGGCUUUGAUUAACAAGUGGAGCUCAGAACUAGAAGACCAAGAGCGACACUUUCUUCAGCAGGCCACUCAGGUCAACGCCUGGGACCACAUGCUGGUGGAGAACGGAGAGAAGAUAACUGCUUUACAUAAAGAUAUGGAAAAAGUGAAACUGGACCAACGAAGGCUGGAUCAGGAACUGGACUUCAUCCUGUCCCAGCAGAAAGAGCUGGAGGAUCUUCUCUGUCCAUUAGAGGAGUCUGUGAAAGAGCAAAGCGGAACCAUUUACAUGCAGAACGCAGAUGAAGAGCGCGAGAGAACGUACAAGUUGGCAGAAAAUGUGGACGCGCAGCUCAAGAGAAUGUCCCAAGAUCUGAAAGAGAUCAUUGAACACCUGAACACGUCCAGCGGUCCUGCUGACACCGCUGACCCGCUUCAGCAGAUCUGCAAAAUCCUCAAUGCACAUAUGGACUCCCUGCAGUGGGUGGAACAAAACUCUGUGUUUCUCCACAGGCGAGUGGAGGAGGUCUCAAAGCUGUGUGACAGUCGCAGUAAGGAACAAGAGAAGAGCUUUCGUUUAAACUUCCAGUGAUCAUGCAGCUCUCUUUUCUCCCUAAGUUGUAAAUUAAUGUCAUUGUUUUUGUUAUUUGCUUUGGAAUAAAAUAAUUUCUUUCUA